AUGUCAACAUUCACCAAGCAUCCAGAUACUAUCAAGUACCCUUUACCACGAACAAACUCUUUCCAAAAUUUCAACAGCCCAUCUCCCACCGCCAUGAUCGGAAUCACCGCACGCAUGGUCGCGAUUACUGCGUUCGUGCUCGCCCUUCAACUCCAUAGUUCCUUCCUUGAGCAUUACCUCAAUUUUGUCACCGAAAGUUACAAGUUCUUCUCCCUCAAUCUUCUCCAGCGUCUUCAGGCGAGUAAUCUUGUCGGAGAGAUCUGCCAAACGAUCUCCCACAUCGUGCCAUCAUCUGUAAUGGAUGAGUUGGAGAGCCUCGCAAAUGUAGCGCAAAACACGAUGGUUCACGUCUCCCUUGUAGUCAGAAUGAGCCUGUAUACUGCAACCCGAACUUACAACGCUCUUCAUCUGUACCUCAGCCCCCUGAUUGCCGAUAUCGUUUUUGGAAAUCUAAGUGUGCUGGCUAUCAGUGUAUUGCUUCGCUGUCUUGUGUGUACAACUCUGGGCAUUUUCCAUUGCCUCCAGGCUAUGGGUUAUACCCUCGGUCGUGUGGUGCAGAUUCUCAUGUUACCUUUUCGACUUGGGGACAAGCUGCUUACCAAGGUGUGCGGUAUAACCUCUGGAAGGGAGGAGGUUUCGCGGUAG